AUGAUGAGAAUCCUUCCAGCCGCUAGAGCACUUGCUUUUGCCAAGCCUGCUCAACGCAAUGUUGCCUUCACUGCUCUUCGUAUGAUGGGCACCGCCCCUGCCCUCAAGCCAGUCAACCCGGAAUUCUCCUCAGGACCCUGCAAGAAGCGCCCUGGAUACGACGUCGCCAAGCUCGACUCCCGAACUCUUGGCCGUUCCCACCGUUCCAAGAUUGGAAAGGAACGUCUUGCACUUGCUAUCGAUGAAACCAAGCGUCUCUUGAAGGUCCCCGAUGACUACCUGGUCGGUAUCGUCCCCGCCUCUGAUACCGGUGCUUACGAAAUGGCCAUGUGGAACGUCUUGGGUGCCCGCAAUGUUGAUAUUUGCCACUGGGAAUCCUUCGGAAAGGGAUGGUUUGCUGAUGCCGUCUCUCACUUGAACUUGAAAGAUAGUGUCGAGGUCAACGAAUUCACUGCCGGAUACGGAGAACUCCCUGACUUGUCCAAAACCAACCCUGACCACGAUAUUUGCUUUACCUUUAACGGAACCACUUCCGGAGUCCGUGUCCCCCGUGGAGCCGAUUUCAUCUCGGACGACCGUACUGGAUUGACCAUGUGCGAUGCCACUUCUGCUUGCUUUGCCAUGGAAAUGCCCUGGGAAAAGUUGGAUAUUACCACCUACUCUUGGCAAAAGGUCUUGGGUGGCGAGGGAGCCCAUGGAGUUUUGAUCUUGUCGCCCCGCGCCGUCGAGCGAUUGGAAUCCUUCACUCCCAAGAACCGUCCUCUUCCCAAGAUUUUCCGCUUGACCAAGAAGGGCAAGUUAGAUGCUGGUAUCUUCAAGGGAGCCACCAUCAACACUCCUUCCAUGUUGGCCGUCGAAGAUUACAUUGAUGCCCUCGAAUGGACCGAGUCUGUCGGAGGAGUUGACGCUUUGAUCAAAAUGUCAGAGGACAACCUUGGUGUCUUGGAAAAGUUUGUUGACGAAAACGACUGGAUUGAUUUCUUGGCCCAAAACCCCGCCACACGUUCUUCCACCUCUGUCUGCUUGACUUUGGACUUGACCGCCGACCAAAUCAAGAAGUUUGUCUCUCUUUUGGAAUCCGAGAACGUCGCCUAUGACAUUGGAGGAUACCGUGAUGCCCCUCCUUCCAUCCGUAUCUGGUGUGGAUCCACCGUCGAAAAGGCAGAUUUGGAAGCCUUGUGCCCCUGGUUGACCUGGGCCUUUGAAGAAGCCAAGAGCUCCUAA